AUGAUUGAUGAAAGUAAAAGCAGACAUAGUCAGUCAAACCUUUUAGAAGGAGCAAAACGAUACAUGGAGGAAUCUUAUAUUCAAUAUGUAAAGGACACUCUUGAGCUGCACGAAGAAGUUAAAGACAAUUUAAGAUUAAUCAAAGCAUUUGUUUCUAAAACCCUAAAACAUGCUGAUGUAGACAAACUAGGUGAAUGUGUCGAUGGCGUUUAUAUUUGGCCUGUAUUGUUUUACUGCUUGAGAUGUGGAUUUUUGCAAGAAGCUCUUGACUUUGCAAGAGAAUACUGUUCUGCAUUCUCCAAUCAUAUUAUUAAUGCUUUGGAGAAUAAGAUGAACACACAAAUGGCUUCUAUUCAAGACGUUGAAAAUCAGUUAAAUGAGAAGUACAGAACUAUUCCUCCAACAGAGUUAUUCCGUCAUGCCGUUUACUUGGUUUUAGGAAGAUGCGAUGUCAAAAAGACUAUUCCACAGGUUUUCUCUAAAACUGAAGAUUUUAUGUGGUUGAAGCUUUCGAUCAUUAGAGAAGGAACUAAAUAUGCUUUGAAAGAUUUACAGACUGUGGUGAACAAUCACGGACCAAAACAUUUCUGUCCAAAGAAGAACUCUCUACUCUUUUUCAGGUUGCUAUUAUCUACUCUUCAAUUUGAAAAAGCAAUUGAAUAUUUAUGUAGUAGACAAAGUGAAGGUUAUCAUGUAGAGGCCGUACAUUUUGCAUAUGCUCUCUACUAUUACAAGCAACUGACAACACCAAAAGACCUUUCUGUUCCACUUUUGGUAGCAACUCCACAGCCUCAACUUAAUUUCUAUUUCUUAAUUAGAGAUUAUGUGAGAAUAUUUGCUCAUACUGAUCCAACAUAUGCAGCUUCUUACUUUUAUAUAUUCUAUAAACGAUUGGAAAAAAGGGAAGAAAAAGAGGCUAUUUACUUUAGAUCAAUUAGAGACCUUAUCAUUGAAGGAAAAGAUAUAUCCGUAUUGCUCGGACAAGUAGAGUCAAAUGAAAUGGUAAAGAAAGGAUUUUUGGAAAAGUAUCUUUCAAGUGAUGAUUUCUUGGCACUUCUUGAAAGCUGUGCAAAGGAAUACAAAGCAAUUGGUAGAUACAGGGAUGCAGUCGAACUCUAUUUCAGAGCUUUGAAAUAUCACAUUUCUCUCUUGACAGAUUUGUCUACUGACCAUCAAGACAAGUCGACCGAAUAUCUUUAUUCGAUUCUCAACAUUAUGAUUGAUGAGCUAAGCCAAGUUCUCUCUGGAGGAGAAAAUAGAGAUGAAGUCAAGCAAUCUGCACAAAAAGUAUUUGAGACCUUUACUGGAGACAAUAUUAUUAUCAACAAAAUCAAUCAAUCAACUAAGCUUUCGAGUGCACUCAGAACCUUCAAGAUCUUAGUUAAACUAACGAAAGUAUUUGAUAGCUUCAUGAACAGAAACUAUGAAAGAACUCUAAGCGAACUCAAAGAAUUGAAGAUUAUUCCAUUUGAACUCAGAGAAUUGGAAGAAAAGGUACAAAAGUUCAAGGAACUCGAUGAAAAGAUUCAAAAGAAGAUUUCGGAUAUUUUGUUUGUGGCAAUGAGCACUUUGUGUCACUUGUACACUUCUCCCAAAACCUACACUUCUCAACAGAUCAAGGACAUGUCAAAUUGUAUCAUGAGUUUUGCAGGAGAAAACCAAAAUAUGAUCAGCAAAGAUGUUAACUCUCACUUAAUAACAUUCCAAAACAGAAUUGGUAAAUAA